AUGAUUUCUCCACUCUUCUGCCUCCUUGCCCUCGUCGGCGUCGGCGUCGCCGACCGUUGGGUCGGCAUGGAGAGCCUCCCCGACGGCCUGUACAGCGGCCAGACGCACGACGACGGUUCCACGACCAUGACGUCGCUGCAGUCGGGAGCCAAGUUCACCUUUCCCCUCGUCGGGGACGACGGUGAGCGGGCGAAGCGAUCCGUCGACGAUGCGCUCGCGAAGCGCGACACGAGCUGCUGGGGGUACGAGCUCGACCACGACGGCGUCGACGAGGGCGUCGUCGCCCUCAAGAACUGGGCGGGCAACAACGGCCAGACCAUCUCGUCGGGAGACACGACCAGCUACUUUGGCUUCAACCGCAAGGGCGUCUACGUCUACUACUGCAUCAAUCAGGCCCACAGCCAGGGGAACCUCGACAUCAACGACAUCAACUACGCCCUGCGCAACAUGGACGGCACCUGUCGCCGCUACGAAGCCGGCUACUUUCUGUGGCCCGGCACCCCGGAACUUGUGGGAAAGUGCCGAUCGGGUACCGCCGUCUGCCUUGGAUAG